UACCGUUAGCUCAAGUUGGAUUUGUCUCAGCCCCCGAAGUCAGUAACCGGUUCGCUCCUUACACGUUUUUCACGUAAAUUUAGCAUGUUAGUGUGUAACUCGCCCCGUCUCUCUCUCUCGGCUGUAUGUUGGGAAUUUACCUGUUAAAGCUCAAAGCUUACUUCUCGAUGGAGUUGUUUGCCGGUAGUGCUAAUAUUAUAGAUCUGUUAGUGGCGGGUUGAUGUUCGCUAGGGAGACAAUCUGACCACAGAUACAUCGGCCUUGUGUGUUUACAUCGUUCAUAAGGAGUUUUAAUAUAUAAGUGGAAUUUUAACAGUAUGGCUUUUAGAAGUGAAGUAUUGGUUUAUGGAAAAUCUACGUGGAUUUAAAACAAGGGAUUGUGAGUGUGUUUUAUUGGACCCCAGGGAUCUAAGGCAAUAGCUCUGUGAACAACACACGGCGUAUAAAUUGACUACUACUUGAUUUUCGCUAUCACCACACACACGUGGGGCAGAGGAAAAGUCAAUACACUGGAACGCAGGGGGAAACAGUCUACAAGAUAUAACAGUUUUCGGCUGUAGAAGUUUACGUCGCAGGGGACGACAACAGUGCUAAAGGUUUUGUUUUAAGGUCCGAAUAUUACGUCGGAAGGAGCAUCCGGAAGUUAUCGUCUGUCAGUGAUUUGACGUCUGAGGGUCGUUCAGAAAUUGAAUGUCUUGAGGAACGUUUCUCUGACAUCAGAAUAAGGCGCUUUUUGGUACUAGAAUUUGAUUUCGGAUGGAGGGUCUGAAAAUGAAAAUCUGACGUCGGUGUGUUGAGUUUGAAUCACUCGAAAUUAACGUGUGUUUAUCGCCAGAACCGGACGUUAGCAUCAGAAGGUUAACGUCUUUGAAAUCUCACAAAAAACCCCGGAAGUUGACGUCGAGGGAGCAUCGAAUUAUAUAUGGACCAAAAUUUAUGUCGUCGCGAUCAAGGUUAAUUUGUGGGAUUAAUGACGGACAGCAAUUUGAUUCUUGAACCAGAGGUAUAUUUUACAUGUUAUAUUUAAAAAAAAGUUAUGAAUGUUUUAUUUACUUUCAUGUUCUAAAUGUUGUUAAGUACAUAUGCGUCAUAUUUCCAAGCGGAAGUGAUUGUGACAAGUCGAUGAGAGAUGUUCUAGUUAUCCUUAUACUUUGUGUUAAAACAUCGAUGUUUAAGAGUUUAACGAUACUAUAGGGAAGACCGGUGACGUUCAUUUGAUAAUUGUUUCCGAUGGGAGACAGUGUCACGGAGUACAUUCUGAAGGAGUGGGGACGGGCUACCUCCUGUGAUGCCUGCUUCACCCCCGGGAUCGAGGAGGGGCUUAAACAGCUAUGACAGUCCCGGGGCACUACAGUAACGGGGAGGCGAAUUAUUCCUUCUGGGACGAUAUAUACAACGCCUCCACCUCUUUCAGGGAACCCUACUCCCCGGGCUGGAGCACCCAAGGGCGAGGAAUAGUACACGGAAUAUUUUUACUGGUUUUUACCGUCAUAGGAAGUGCAUUUAAUGUUUUUAUGAUCGUAGCAAUUGUUCCAAACAGGAGGUUAAGGACAGUACGGAAUAUAUUACUCGUCCAUCUAGGGGCCGUGGGGCUAGCGUCAUCUAUGCUGACCACACUUUACGCCGGAGUGGUCAGUUUAUGUGGGUACUGGCUCGGUGGACAAAGCAUGUGUCACGCAUACGGAUUUAUACAGUCAGCCUUUACGCUAACAAGCGUAUGGACAAUAGCUGCUUUAAGUUGGGACAAAUAUCAGACAAUUGCGUCCCCUUUACAUCAUUCCUUAACGGCGACUGCGCGUAAAAUGACGUCAUUGUUUGCUGUGUUUUGGUUGAGUGCUUUUAUACUGGCGUUACCGCCACUUUUUGGCGGGAAUUCUUACGUGUUCUCGCCUGUGACGGGCACGUGCUUUAUAAACCACCUGGAUGUAUUAAGUCGGUGGUACGUGGGAUUAUUAGUAAGUGUUAUGUUUUAUUUACCCCUCAUCGUAAUGAUUUACUGUUAUACACACAUAUUUCGUAUAGCACGAACUCAAAGCAGCAGAAUCGCCGCGACCAUGGUUCGAAUGGCGUGCGUCGUUCAGGCGCCUAUAGCUCUCAACACACAGGCUACGGCGCCUUUAUCGACAUCUAUCAAGGGCACAAAAGCUAUGCUAACCAUCCUUCAGCUUGUGGGAGCAUUUACCCUAACUUACAUCCCCUUUUCAAUUGUAAUACUGGUGGAAACGGCCACCGGAACAAGACAGGUAGACCCUAUGUUGGUUUCCAUAGUAACGACUUUAUUUCAGGCAGCGCCGAUGACCAAUAGCGCCAUCUAUGGUAUACGAAAUAAAAUUUUACGGAAUUCUUUUAUACGAUAUACACGAAGGAAAGUGCAGUUGUUCUGUUACAAAGACAAAAGAAAAGGAAGUGUUAAGCGAUCAUCGUCUUUCCGAAUGUCUUUAAUGCAGAGAAAAGGUAAUCAAAACGGAAGUGCUCAAAGCGGCCAUUUACGAAGGACUCAGUCGCUCCAGGUUCGGCAUUUAAGUGUACCUAAAUCGGCUAUAGUUAAAUAUGAAAGUAGUGAAAACAUUCGUAAGACCCAGUCUUUUACUUUACAAAAUGGCCACGCUUUCACCAACGAGGACGACGAAUGUUGUUUGGCACCGCCGCCAUCUUUAAAUUUUGAUGACGUCAAAAGUGAUAUACUGAUAAUGAAAAAAGUGUCCGACACGGAAAAAGAAAAAAUGAUGGAUAAUAAUGACAACGAAGAAGAUGCUAUCGACGACGAGGAAGGUGAUGAUGAGGACAAUGAGGACGAUGAGGACGACGACGAUGACGUCAACAUGGAUAAUGGACCAAUGUGAAGGUUAAAGAGAUUUCUUUUAGGAGCACCUGAGUGAGCGGAAGUAGAAAGUAAGCCGGAAGUAGAAGUCAGGAUGUAGAAGUUAGAAGUUAGCAAAAGUUUCCACGAAUGGUUUGCAGUCCUCUACAUGACUUAAUAGGAAUGGAUAGCUGUGGAAAAAAACCCUGAUAUUUUCUUGAGAGCAGUAUCAAAGUUAAUUACAAAAACAGCUAAUGACGUCAGAGGGACAUAUGACGUCAGAACUACGGUACACUAAUCAAAGAAGUAUUACGUACGAUACAUAAAACAAUGCAGUUUUUAAUCUUCCCCAAAGAAGACAAAGCUGGCAAUCGAUUUUUAUAACUUUUGAGCAGACGGUGAAAUUGAUUUUUUGUCAUUUGCUUCCAUAAUAGAAAUCUGGUCCUGCACGUGAAGGGAAUGAAAGACGACAAAGUGUGUGAUAUUUUGUGGUGUAUUAAGAUAUAUAUAUUAGUCAUAUCAACUUGAAGUGUUUUGUCAGAGAAAUAAUGACAGUCUGGUUAUAUUUUGAUACGUACGAACCAUUGACUGAGGGCCGCCUUUGUACUCGGUCAUAUUUCAUCAAUUGCAUAUUUUUUUUUGUCUAGAUUAAAGGGUAUAUGCUUCCUUAGGUCAUAUCUGUGAUUUGUGUAAGAGUUAUCUCCCUUGAACAAUCUAAUAACUAUUUUCUGAUUUUUCAAGGAACUCUUUUGAAACGGAGGUUGAGAUACCUGACACAUACAAUAAGGAGGCAUACAUCCUUAACCUAUCACGGCAUUGCAAAGAAAAUCAGUCAUCAGUAAUUUAUUGAGAAGUUGCCCCUGUCUCUAGAAUUUUAAAUUAAAACAAAUAUAUAUAUACUCCAAUAAUUUUAAACAUUUUCCUGUUUAAUGCUAGAAAUCAUUUUGCUGUCUGAUGCUAGAGGAGAAAUAGGCUAGAAGAAAAAUGCAGCCUGUUUUUUUUUUGACCUAUAGUCCAAUAGGAACUACAAGAAUGCUAACGCCAUUUUUUUACUGAAAACGUUUUCACUUCGUCACAGACUUGAAAUCGAUCAAAAUAGAUCAAGAUCCUUUAUAUACAGGAAAUAUGUUGUGAAGUGGAAUAAUGGUAAUCCGAACUCCGAUAAACUGGAAAGCUCGCUUCUCCGGACGCAAAUAUUCAGGAACAUUUAUGCUAAUUCCUUCAGUUAGCUGGUCAAACUUUUGUUUUCUUUCUUUAUUUUCCUGUCAUUUUUUCCUGGAGCGUAAGGAUGGAGAAAGAACUAACAUAUUUUCGCACUACAAUGUUAUUUUUUAUUAUUAUUUGCUACAAAUAUACAAACUUAAGAUUUUGUUUUCGUUUGACAAUGCACAAACAUUUAAAGUGUAUGAGAUAUAAACCAUUAUGUAAAGAGAAAUCUACAUUUGUCAAGUAUGUGCAUUGCUGUACUAUAUCAUAACAGACGUAUUUGUCACAAAUGUCAUAAACAGAACGUCGCUCAUCUUUACCGUACCCCCAGGGAUAGUUGUUUCGUGUUGGUUUCCAGUAGUAACGGGCGACCGGUCGUUACGCAGGCAAACGGUACCAAUGAUCCUUUAUCACUUGUGGUGCGACAUGGUACAAUUAUAUUGGAAAUACGGCAAGAAUAUCGAACUUUCUUAAUAGUCAAUAGCUUAAGUUCGGACCAAUUUGCAGAAAAAAAACUAUCAUAGCUUUAAGGUAAUCGCUCGCGUGUUCGUACGUUUAUAAACGAGAUGAACAGGGUUGGUAUAAGUAAAGGGAAAAUCAAUGUAUUUCGAUACGGUAAGGACUUUCAAAAAGUUUAAAUUUGUCAUUUUAAAUACCAUUUAAAAAAAAAUAUUUAUGAAAGUCAUUUUACACAUGAGAUUGCAGAUAUAAAUAUUUAAUAAGUAUUUUUCAGAUACCUUUACCAAUUGAUAUAUACUGUUCAUUAUAUCUUCACAGAGAGAAAAUAUUCGCGAGUGGCAAAAAUGUAUAUUCGCUAAAACUAAUCGACCUGCAGUAAACAUUUCUACCUUGAUUCUAUGCGAUGUUACUACCGUCGAUAUAUUCGAGAGGAUGUUAGUUUGCAAUGCAAAAACAAUGAUGUUUAACUAUAUUCGGCGAUAAAUCUUAUUUCAAAUCCCACAUUUCUCGCGAAGCAUCGUGAAAAUGAUUUUCUCUCGAAAUAUAAGUCAUCUACAAUACCUAUUUUAACGCUCUCAUAUGUCGAUCUCUGUAUCUAACAAUCUUUUUUUGCGAUUAAACAUCUGUUGGACAUAAUACAAAUGAUAUGUAAAGAUAAGUGCUGUUUAAAUACCCACGAGAAGAUGAUUGUUCCGAGAUAAAUUUUGUCUUUGUGGAAUUUGGUACUGACGCACUAAGCGCACUCGGAACAGGUUCAAAGUCGUUGUUUGAAGGUUUAUUUACGAACAUUCAAAAAUAAGAUUUGUGUAAAAAGUCUAAAAACAUGAAGAAAAAAUGCAUUUCCAUGUAAACAUAUGGCGUUUCAAUCCAUGUACAUGCAAUUUUGAGUUUUGAAUUUCAAUAUUAUGAAAAAAUGAAUUAAAAUCCUGCUGUGUUUAAAAGUCUGAUUAAAUUUCUAGAUUCGAUUACAAAAUGAUACAGAAUCUAAUUAUGUACGUAUUUGUUUGUAUUUCCUGUCUGUGGAUGAACAUUGGGAAUCUAGAUACAAACGAUGCCAUUUGUUCUCUGUUAUUAUUUUUGGAAAUAUUCCAGAUGAUUUUUUUGUGUUUUAACUUGUAUAAAGUUAUCAAACAGUUGCAUCUUUACAGUAUAGUUAGCUUUAAGUAAUCUUUGACUUUCUGUUCACCUUUACUCCUUUUUUUAGUUGAAAAUCUGUUUUUGUAUUUGUUUCCACGGGUUACUUUUGACCAAUUUAUAUUAACUAACUCUUUAUGUUUUCAAUCUUUAUGUUUUUAAAAAAAACAUCGAUGGAAUAUACGUAGAAUUAAGAUUUUAAAACUAACCAGGUUUCAUUGACUUUGUCGAGUUGUCGAGUUACCGUUCCACAGUAUACGUAGCUGUCAUUCAAACGUAUUUUAUUUAAGUGUCAUAGAAGUUGAAAAGACUAUGAAAAGAAAGAUAAAUAUAAACAUAUAUAUGUGCUAUUUUUAACAUGAAAUCAAAAUGGUUAUUUUUAAGAAUAUGGUGAUGUGUUUAUUACUAUAUAUGUGUAGUAGAGCGUUGUGAUGAGAAUGGUCGUACGCGUGUGCUGUGUGUGUGUGGAUGAGUGCGAUGAGUGUGUAUAACUGCGUGAAGUUGAUAUCUUAAAGGAAAUCAAAAAUUGAUUGUAUCUAUAUUAAUAAUUUUGCGUUGUAUUUAUAUUGUCAGUUACGAGGCUACUGUUAUACCGCAAAUAUAUGUAUAUCUUUACUCAGUUUGUGAAUCAAUCAAAACAUUUGAAAUAUAAAACACACGGUUCUAAAGGAUUAGCAUCUCAUGAUCACUGCACACAAGGUUUCUCAAAUACUAGUAGUUAUCCAUGACUUGUGGUUUCUCAAGGAAAAUUAUUUAAUUAUACAUGUAGUGUACCAUUACACGUGGUUUCUCAAGGACUAGCGUCUCAUUUCACACGGUUCUCAAGGACAAGAAGAUUUAUGCACGUGGUUUCUCAAGGAUUAGCGUCUCAUUUCACUCGGUUCUCACGGACAAGAAGAUUUAUGCUCGUGGUUUCUCAAGGUUUUGGGUCUCAUUUCACUCGGUUCUCAAAGACAGGUAGUUUUAUUACAUUUGUACAUGUGGUUUCUCAAGGAAAUUUAUUUAAUUAUACAUGUGGUGUAUCAUUACACAGGAACUUUCAAGAACUAGCGUCUAAUUACACACUUCUCUCAAGGACUGGCGUCUCAUUACACACGUCUCUCAAGGACUGGCGUCUCAUUACACACGGUCCUCAAGGACUAGCCGCUCAUUACACACGUUUUCUCAAGGACAAGAAGUGCUAUUGCAUGUGGUUUCCCAAUGACUUAACGCUCAUUACACACGGUUUCUCAAGGACCAGAAGUUGCUCAUGACUUGUGGUUUCUCAAGGAAAAGAAAUCUUACGACAUACGUUUUCUGAAGGACUAUUGUCUCAUUACACGGCGUUUCGCAUGGACCAGAAGUCUCUUUAGGACAAGUGGUUGCUCAUAACACUGUGAUCGGUAUGGCUUUAUAAACUCUUGUUUUUUUUGAUCUCUCAAGUUUAUCAAGACAUGUGAUCUCUCAUAUCAAAGGUGAAUUUUCAAGGACGACUGCUGGUGGUCUUUAGGACUUCACGUUUCUGUUUCACGUCUCUGUUUCACGUCUCUGUUUCCUCAAGGACAUCUGGUCCUGUGUGACUUGUGAUCUGUCAUACCACUUAGUCUUUGAUAGAUAUUCGUUCUGGGUAUCUGAUGGUAACUCAAGGACACAUGGUUCCUCCACCUCGGACAACAUCAAAGUACUUGUCUCUUCAUAAACUAUAUGUCACGUGACAUUCUCUCUAUUUUCUCAAGGCAGGAGAUACAUAUCUUUUCACGGUCAAAUGAUAUUAUUGAACAUUGCGUAUUGACCACUCUUUCGUGUGGGUACUAUUGACACUCGAUCUCGCUCUGGCUACAGGAUAUUGUUAUAUGACAAGUGGCCUAUAAAUUCAUGAAACUGUCCCCAAGCUACAAUUCAGAUUAUGAGCUGUAUACUAACUCUACUUAUUCCGGUGAUAAAAUAAUCAAAUUUCACAUGUUUAUUAUUACGCGGAGUUGUAAGUUAUAAUGAUAAAGAAAAUUGCACACAAUAUGUAUUAAGUGCACAAGAGAAUGGGAGGAGUGUGAUAUUGUUUUCAUAUAUAUGAGAUAUAUUUAGGUCACUUUAUGUACGUCGCGUGACGCGCUCUAAAUCAUUAAUGGAUGUCUGCACGCGUAAUCUGAAGUAACGCCAUAUCCUUUGUGUCAGAUUGAUAGCCUUCUAAGGUUAUUCCUACCGUUCCAUAAGGUCAUCCCUGUAGCGUCAUGUGGCAUAAUUCUAUUAACUCGGUCAAGGUCAUCCCCAUAUUUUCAGAUGACCUUUAUAAUGUUCCAUUAACCCUGUUAAUAAUAUUCUAUAGAGUCACGUGGCAGUUCUAUUAACCCGAUCUAGAUAAUCUGAAUAGGUUUUAUUUAAUGUUGUGCAAUUAACCAUGUCAAUGUCAUCUCCAUAGCGUCAUAUGAUUAAUCAACUUAAGUAGGUCAAGGCUAUCUCCAUAGCAUCAUAUGAUUAAUCAACUUAAGUAGGUCAAGGCUAUCUCCAUAGCAUCAUAUGAUUAAUCAACUUAAGUAGGUCAAGACUAUCUCCAUAGCAUCAUAUGAUUAAUCAACUUAAGUAGGUCAAGACUAUCUCCAUAGCGUCAUGUGACAUUAUCCACUUCAGAAGGUCAAGGUAAUUUCCAUAGCACUAUGUGAUAUUAUCGAAUAUAGCGUUAACAGGUCGUCUUACAGAUUGUUUUCCCCAUUGACUAGAUCCUGUCAUGGUCGUCUCUAUAUCUACAAUGUAUAUCGUAGCCUAGUAAAGGUAUCAUCACUAUCACCCUAAAACAAUAGUCACAUUUAGUAAAUAUUUGUUUAUUGAACGAGCACGUGACUAGUGACGUAUGUUUUACAGACAACUGUGUCUCACGACAUUAUUUGGGAUAGUGUGAGCGUGGGAUAAUUAGAAAAUGGGAAUCUGAGGUUGUUGAAAUAGUUUCAUUAUUGACAGUGAUUUGUGAGAAGUUGAAACGUGUUUAGAGAUGCGCUGUACGAACAUGUGGAAUAGCCCGAGUAUGGAGAUCUAGAUUUGAGAAAUAUCUUUCCGUGUACAACCAGUAACUAGUAAACAAACGUAAUUUUCGGACGUUGGGUGGAGGAUGUGAACACAUGUGGUGAAAAUGGCAUGAAUGUGUUUCACUGUAUGGGAACCUAGGAAGGGUGGUUGAUAAUUUCCAAAUGAACAGUAAGAAAUAUUUAAUUUUGGUGGUUGGUGUGUUAUUGAGAAAAACAUCCACGAGGUAAACUACGCAAAGUUCUUACGUGGAAUACUGUAAACGGACAUAUUUUAGCGGUAUUCAACUGUUAGAGAUUUUCGCGCCUUUGUACGGCGCUUAUAUAUGAUUGCACCUAUUGAAGUUUCUGUAUGUAGUUCUACAUCACACUUAUUGUGAGAGCGCCGAUUCAUCAAUGCGCUUAUCUGUUCGAAUUUUAACUAAUACGCCAAAAACAAAUUCCUCUAAAAUAGGUAUUCUUACAAUAUAUACUGUGUGAGAGAGAAGCAGAUAUCGAAACUAGUUAUCUUUCAUUAAAUCAUAGAAUUAUAUUUUUCCAUGUUUGUUGAUGAGACAUUGAAAACCGCAUGUAGUUGAAUGCUUCACCGAGCUGUAUGACGAGAACGUCACAUCAAUUUGACGGAAACAUUUAGGGGUGAUUUCACGGUGUUUUGUGGGAUUGGAGAUACUGCAAACCUACAUGUCAUACGGUACUGUUCGGAGUAGUGACUGAGAAAUGAUACUGAUGAUGAAUUGCGAUGAACACAAUUGUGCAUUCGGGGCGGCUUGUGGGAUGGGGUAUAUUGCACUAAACUCUAUGACAUGUUCUGUACGGAGUAGUGACCGAAUAAUGAUACUAAUAAUCAAUUGUGAUGGACACAAUAAUGAAUUCGCGUUGUCUUGCGAGAUGGGGGAUAUUGCACUACACUAUACGACAUGUACUGUACGGAUAUUUGCGACCGAAUUAUAUGUACUGACGAUGACGCGGUAUCUUGUGGGAUGGGGGUAUUGUACCAAACUCUAUGACAUGUACUGUACGAGAUUUAGGACCGAGAUGUGAUAUUGAAUUGUGAUGGAUAUACUUGUUUGUCGUUGUAUUAUAUGAUGCACUGUUGUGGUAUACAUGUGACAUAACACUUGUUCUGUUAACUAACUUAUGGAUGCUAGUAGUUAAAAAGGCUCGUUAGAUCACGUGUCGCGAGCCAUGUGAUAGUUCAAUAAAUUAUUGUUAUAUUAUA